AUGUGGAUCCGGAUUACAAUCGUUCUAGUGUGCUUUGGUGUCGUGCUGCUUGAGCUCUUGACUAAGCAGAGGACCCAUAUUGGAGGAACCUACCAGCAUAUUUGUGAAUGGGCGGCGAGCAAGGUGCAGGUGUACGAAAUCAGCGAGCUGAAGGACUCGGCACUGGAGGCGCCGGAUGAGGCGGUGGUGGAGUUUGCCGACAUCGCUCUCGACUGCGUCAAGGUGCCCGGCUCCCGCCGCCCCCCCAUGAAAGAAGUCGCUCGCCGCCUUCAUGCACUGCUCUCCAAGCACUGCAGCGAGGAAAUCUUCGCCCCCACAGAAUCAAGCAUGCUUAUCAGGAAGAGCGCGAAAGAGAGCAUGGUGGAGAGCCUGGAGAGGCUUGCCGGUGGUGGCAUGGGUGGUGACCUUAAUACUUUUGGAAAGAGUGAGAUCUCAGAGGAGUUGUGA